AUGAAUGUUUUCAGGAAGAAGGCGAAGGCAAAGGAUGAUGCAUACAUCAUACCUGCUGCAGAGUCGUCUGACUUUGCUUCCACGUCAAAGAUGUCUCGGAGUCUGAAGCGAAAGCAGAAAAACGUCGAGACAAAGCCCGAGAUCGAUCUCUCAACGGCGCUGCCAGACACCAACGAUUUUCGAACCAGUCUUCUCAUGCCUGGGCUUUCCGCGCGCUUCAGUAUGCUCCGUGAACAAGAUGACCCAAACACGAAGGUUGGCAAGGCAAGCGAUGACAGUGUGUUGUUUCCCAAGCGGGCCUCUCGUAUGAAUCUCUUCAAUCACAAUCUUCUCACCGAUAUUGCCGAGGUUGAAUCGUUACACACCCCGGUGAAAGCCCCCUUCGCCGACCCGAUGCGUUCUCACUCAUUCUCGGAGCUUGAUGACCAAGAUAGUGUCAUGAACCGGUCGAGGCCCGCGGAAAGUAACAAUCUCUUUAGUGGUCGCCAGAAAAUGUACCGGAUUCCGACGGCGAGCUCGAGCCGAGACCUAGGUGGCAGGUCUGCUCCACUGACAACAUCUAAACAUGUCUAUCAACACGACGUCGCAAUGUCGAGCUACCAACAGCUGCGCCUAAAGGCCGCUGAAGAGCGCACAGAACGUGGCAUGGAAGCAGAAGAAGAAAGAGAUGAGUUUCCCGACAGGCCUAUUAGCACGGGAACGGACGAUCACGAACAGGAACACAGCAACUUCGCAAACACUCCUUCUACGGGAUUCAGUAAGAGUAGAGGUACGACCUCCUCGACAGCGUCCGGUCCGUCCAAUCGGCGAACUUCCACAGCUGCUACUUCAGUGAUCUCAGACUCGCCCGCGCCUAGGCAAAGUCAGCUCAGCGCCAGUUCACAUAACAAGGGGCCUGCCUCCGAGGUCGGUAGUGAAGAUGGAUUUCUACGACGGGAUACUUCCCAAGAGUCUCGGCGUGGUAAUGACGAAUCCGGUCAAUUCAGCCAGCCUCCUCUACCCUCGUCACCUCCUUUCAACCGCCAACUCUCCCAGUCCAAGAGCUCUAGUCAUCUCGCGGACAAAUACUCCCGUUCAAACUCCCCAUUCUCUGGAGGGACCCCACGAGCCACUAGCCCUUUCCCUUCCUUGCAGACGCAAGCUCUGGGGUCGCUCGAUUUUGGGCUGAAGUCGUCGGCUGGCACCUUGAGGAGAUAUCAGACAGCCUCGCCCACUGGGGACGAGCACGAUGGAAGUGAUGUGUACGCGAGCAAUCUGCAGCCGAAUGAUCGUGGAAAGGCAACGGCCAUGGGACUUUUUAACCGCCCGCAGCAACAAUUUGAUGAGAGGAAGUUCGAGGAGCGCCAAAUACAAAUGUACGGACCGCCUGCAUUCGCAAAUCCUGGGGAAGCCCACGCUACAGAGAACAAGGGCGAUUCGGAAAAGACGGGGGCUGCUAGCAUUUUACCUUCGCCAUUGGACAAGAGUGACACCCGACCCUACGAGACAGGCAGCGGGCCUGUGCCAGGUCGUCCCAGGGCGCAGUCAUCUGCCUCGUCCACCAAUGCAGCCCAAGUUCAAGCAAGAGUCGAAGCCCUGAUCAAGCGCCAGAAUGAGGAAUUCAAGGCCUUCCAAGCGACCAAAUCUACUACCGCCCUUCAAGGUGUAGCCUCUCCUCCUUCAAGAACCUUGAUGGCGCAGCCAGCCGCCUCGAGAGGAACAUUUUUCGACACCUCCGACGGCAGCGAAGAAGAAGAUGGGGAUGAGGCUGUUCUUGACAGUCCGAUGUUGGGUCGCUAUGAGCCACCGCCUGUUCUGGCAAAGACUGACGUCCAUCCAGCACUGCGUGAUGCCUCACAAGGCUUCGAACUCGGCGAACAGGUUCACGCUGCUCAGGACAACCGGCCGCACUCGGAUGCCUCGGCCGAGACAUCAUCUCCUUCGGUUGUGCAUGACACCCCUGAUACCUCGGAUUCACUCCAUCUCGGAGCUGACAUGAAAGGUGUCGAUUCUCCCACUCUAGGGCCAACCACGGGUCUAGGUCUCAGCGGCUUGAUCCGUACACAUCUGCGACACGAUAGCGAUAGAUCAUCAAUGAUGAUGCCGCCGCCGUCCCCUGGACCUUUUCAGGGACAGCACCCCAAUUUGGCGUACCGGGAGCGUGAACCAUCUGUAGCUUCGACAGCUCGCACAAUCAAUCCACCAGAGAGCACACACAGUGACCCCUGGGAACUCGAUAAUCCGCACCGUAAUCAACGGAGCCCGAUCGAGCCGCCCACAAAUGACGCCAUCUCAUCCAUGUCAUCCAAGGCCCAGCAAAUUUUAGGACAAGCCAUGUCACAUCGAGAUCAGAGUGCCUUGAAGGCGCAGCGACUCCUCGGUCAAGAUGCACCUGCACCAACCGAAGAUACGAGGCAAUGGCAGAACGAUAUGAUGUCAAGUCAUCAUCGAGGAGACAGUACGGAGACUCAGAAAGAGUUCGACAAUGAGCUCGCUGAGCGUGCGAGAAAAAUCCAAGAGGGCCUCAGGGGAGUGACUGAGGCCGAGAAGCGCUCAAAGAGUCCUCGGCCUCGUCAAGCAUUGCAGGCUUUACGUCAGAGGACGAGCAAAACAUAUAUUCCACCCAAGUUCAACGAAUCUCAACCAAAGGCAAUGAAGAUGCUUGGCAUCAACGGUGGGCCUGGUCCAGCAGUGGCAGGACGUUCGCCAAAUGGCGAUUUCCAUGCCGAAUUCACUGAGAGCUCCGACGAAUAUGACGAGCGUCCCACUCCGAAACAGCGCCUUGGUGCCUUUGACAGUCCAAACGGAAGAUCCUCGCCAGGACCAUGGCGGCAGGAAGCGCAGCGCGACUUUGAGCAGCGACAGCCACGCUCGGCAACCCCGAGUGGCAGGAUGCCCCGACGUGAUAGGUCAGAAUCAGGAGCCGCAGAACGUUCGCGAAGCCGGACUGGGCGCUACGCCGACGAACGGCCUCACUUUGCUGCUGGCUAUGGUAGGCAAGGCCCUCCUCAACACUGGGAGCAACAUCGGCCGUAUGGACCUCCUCGUGGCCCUCCUCGUGGCCCACCACCUGUUGACCCUCGAAACAAUGAGAGAUCUUCCUCGGCUAUGUCGAACAGACGGCCAAGUGGAAAUCGAGGAGGACAGCCGGGCUACUUUGAUGGUCGAGCAGCGACGCCGACAGCUGCGAAUACUCCAAGACUGGGUGACGGACCGGAUUCAUUGAGUGUUCCCAGACCGUCUCCUCGGCCUCCAUUUCCCCAUUCUCCUAGCAGUCCCUUCGCUCCCCCGGGUCUAUCACCUGGUCUUCCAGGGAAUCCUGCGUCCUUGCCUGCAGCCCUCCCGUCGCCAUCUGGACCGCUCCCUGCACCUCCGGUCCCGACUGAUCGCUCAACACCAAUCGAGAACAACAGACAGACCAUGAUCGGCCAGCGGAAAAAAUCUGUCACGAAAGGAAUGAUCUCGGAACCUACAUUUAUCUCCAGUACUUCCUCCGUUCCCCUGGUUGGCCUCCCCAACGGUCCUCGACCGAGGGAGAUUCCCACCCCGCCCGUUCCAACCAUGCACCCUCAGCGCCGGCGUGCAGGAACUUUCACCGAACACACCAAUAGCUUCGCCAGCCCCCGGAUUGGGUCACCGCUACCAAUGACGCCCCAUUCACCCGCUCCAAUGUCUGCUGUCCAGGGUACUAUCAUCGACCAACAACCCUCACAGAAGCCCACUCCUCGUCCGCGAAACAGAUUGAGGAAGAUUAGCAGCGAAGGAGGCAGCAUUGCAGCUCGCGCGAGGAACCAAGCUUUGAUGGCAGAGUUUGGUCGGGAAAAGUUGCGAAGCCCGGCGUUGCCGGUCUUUCCGAAUCGAAGCGCGACUGCACUCGGCUUACACCAGGAAGGAGGCAUGUUCUGA